CGGGUCCGAGUUGACUUGCGUAUGGAUUAAUCUGGGCCUGAGUUAAUUUGGGUCUAAAUUGAAAUUUUGAUUCGCAAAGUUGAACUGGACCGCCAAAGUUAAUGAUUUAUUAUUCUAAAUACAAGUUGAACAUAUUUUUGAAGAGUUUGACGAUUUACAGUUUAGCUCCGAAGACUUUUAAAACUGUUUGUUGGUAAAAGGAAAGCAUGCUGAAAGGACAUAUCCUCCUCCUGACCAUCUCACUGUCCUUUGUGUAUGGGUACAAACAAGAUGACAUCGUUGACUGUGGUUUCUAUGACGAAGUGGAGGCACAACGCAACAUGAGAUGUGGCAUCCAUGGGUUUCCAAUAGGAUUCGGUAAAAUGCAUUGUCAAGAGUUACAAGCAAAAAUAAAUGGACCUGGAAUGACUGAGCAGGGUAAGGCAUGGGCUUUGUCGGUGUUGCGAUGUAUGGUGACAAAUGUUAAAGCAAUAUCAUCAACAUCAAAUUGUGCUGACCUCUCUGCCAGUGCAUUACACCAUGCAGACUGCUAUUUUGCCGAGGGAAAAUUGUGCACCAUUCGCUUAUGUCCAACUAACAGAUAUAGUAUAUCAUUACUGUCUUGGAAACGUAGUGUAACAUGGAAUGAAAGCUAUAAGGCUUUGACUGAAGCAAACGGCAGAUGCCCUACUGACCUCUACAAGACAGUUAACGUUGGCGGAACAGUACGACGAUACAUACCUCAUUCAUCAGGUACAACGUGUGCAUAGAACACAUCUAAGCUCAAAGUAUUUAUCAAGUUGCGUUGGUGGUGAUGAUAACUACGGGAAUGUAGACAAACCACUUACAGAAAAUUGAACUUAAAAUAGAGAAAGGACAUAUAUUAGACGACAAUAGAAUGUGUAUAUUAUAG